AAAACCGUUCUUUAUUUUUCUCUCGUGCUUUUAACUCAGUUCUCGUUCUCCUCUCUCUCUCUCUCUUUGGUUCGGAGUGAGUAGGGCAUUUGAUUUCUAAUCCGCGCGGCUCACGUUAGCUUCCGCCGUCUCUAUCCUACGCCCCGGAGGGAGUUGUGAGGGUUUUGAUUGAUUUAUUAUCUGAUCAUCAAUUUUGCUACGAGAGAUCUGUUGAGGAAAGUAAAAUCUAGGGUUAGGGUUUUGAUGCUUUGGCGGGGAUCAUCGGAAUCCGUCAAAGGGGUUAAAGUUCGGGUUGGACCCUCAGAUGGCAAAUCCCGGAGUUGGGAAUAAGUUUGUUUCAGUCAAUCUGAACAAGUCCUAUGGCCAACAAUCAUCUAAACAUCACUACCAUUCACAUCAUCCGGGUUCUUAUGGGUCAAAUCGGGCACGACCCGGUGCUAGCGGUGGAGGAGGGGGAGGAAUGGUGGUCCUUUCGCGGCCUCGUAGCUCCCAAAAGGCUGGGCCAAAGUUAUCGGUUCCACCCCCCUUGAAUUUACCAUCCUUGCGAAAGGAGCAUGAGCGGUUUGAUUCGUUGGGCCCCGGUGGUGUGCCUGCCAGUGGAGGUAUUCCUGGUAGUGGGCCAAGGCCGUCUUCGUCCGGCAUGGGAUGGACAAAGCCCGGUACAGUUGCUUUGCAGGAGAAAGAAGGGUUGGUUGGUGGUGGUGAUCAUGUGGAUGAUGGGGUCGAUCAGGGUUUGGAUACUGGUGAUGGGGUUAGUAGGGGAAGUAGUGGUGUUUAUAUGCCGCCUUCGGCUAGGCCAGGUGUGGGAGGGCCGACUUCUUCGGUGUCUGCUUCAGCUCAAGGUUUUCCACCUUUGGAUAAAGCUACAGUGCUGAGGGGAGAGGAUUUCCCGUCGUUGCAGGCAGCUUUGCCUAUUGUAUUGGGGAAUGAAAAGAAACAGAAGGAUGGUUUGAAUCAGAAACAGAAGCCAUUAGCAGUUGAGUUGUCUAAUGAGAAUCGGGAUGGUUCUCGAUCGAGUUCAGUUAUUGAUAUGCGUCCUCAAUUGCAAUUGGGAAGAAUUGCUAUUGGCAAUGAAUUGAGUGAGAAUGGCAGCGAAGGUCACGGUGUAAGCGGUUCUCGUUUAGGAGAGCAAGAUAGGAAGCAGGAUGAGUACUUCCCUGGGCCACUUCCAUUGGUGCGCUUGAACCCAAGAUCUGAUUGGGCUGAUGAUGAACGCGAUACUGGUCAGGGUUUUACAGACCGUGGGAGGGAUCAUGGGUAUUCAAAAAGUGAAGCUUGCUGGGAUAGAGAUUUGGAAAUGCCAAGGGCUGGUGGGCCGCUACACAAACCAGCUCAUAGUCUUUUUGACAGGUGGGGACAGCGUGACAGUGAAAUUGGACGAACUCCUUCCAGUGAAGUCCAUAAAUUGGACCCUUAUGGCAGAGAUGCAAAAACACCAAGUAGAGAAGGGCGGGAAGGGAAUGGAUGGAGAGCUUCUUCCCCUCUUCCUAAAGAGGGAGCUGGUGCUCAAGAGAUUGCAAGUGACAGAAAUGGUUUUGGCACAAGGACUUCAAGUAUGAACAGAGAAAAGGAGAAUAAGUACAUUCCAUCACCUUUCCGGGAUAAUGCUCAGGAUGAUAUUAGGAGGGAUGUGGGUUAUGGACAUGGAGGAAGACAAGCUUGGAACAGCACAACAGAUUCAUUUAGCAAUAGAGGGUCUGAGAGGAAUACAAGAGAGCGUUAUGGCAAUGAACAAUUCAAUAGAUACAAAGGUGAUGCUUUCCAGAAUAGCUCCUUAUCAAAGUCAUCUUUCUCUUUGGGUGGUAGAGGACUUCCUGUUAAUGAUCCGAUACUAAAUUUUGGUAGAGAGAAGCGUCCAUUGUUGAAGAAUGAAAAACCUUAUACAGAAGACCCUUUCAUGAAGGACUUUGUGGCUACUGGGUUCGAUGGACGGGAUCCUUUUCCUGGAAAUCUUGUUGGGGUGGUCAAGAGGAAGAAAGAUAUGUUAAAACAAACUGAUUUUCAUGACCCUGUCAGGGAAUCUUUUGAGGCUGAACUUGAGAGAGUGCAGAAGUUGCAAGAACAGGAGCGGCAGCGGAUUAUUGAAGAACAGGAAAGAGCUUUGGAGCAAGCUCGUAGAGAAGAAGAGGAGAGGUUGCGGUUGGCAAGGGAACAAGAGGAGCAGCUGAGAAGGUUAGAAGAAGAAGCUAGGGAAGCUGCAUGGAGAGCUGAACAAGAGCGAUUGGAAGCCUUGCAAAGGGCAGAAGAACAGAGGUUAGCUAGAGAGGAGGAAAAACGCAGGAUUCUUAUGGAGGAGGAAAGGAGGAAACAGGCUGCUAAACAAAAACUCAUAGAGUUGGAGGAAAGGAUUGCCAAGAGGCAGGCUGAAGCAGCAAAGGGUGGUAGUAGUUUUUCUGCUGGAGUGGAUGAAAAUAUUUCAGGGAUGGUGAAAGAAAGAGAUGUAUCAAAAGCAACAGAUGUGGGUGAUUGGGAAGAUGGUGAAAGGAUGGUGGAAAGAAUAACAACUUCAGCUUCUUCUGAUUCUUCUGGUCUAAAUAGACCCUUUGAGAUGACUUCUAGGCCUCACUUCUCUAAUGCUUCUUCUGCAUUUUCAGAUAGAGGUAAGCCCUUUAAUUCAUGGAGGAGAGAUGUAUUUGAGAAUGGAAACAGCUCAGCCUUCACUGGGCAAGAGACAGAGAAUGUUCACCAUAGCCCCAGGCGAGAUGGAUCUGUUGGGGUAAGACCAUUUCCAAAGAAAGAGUCAUAUGGAGGUGCUGCAUACGUGUCUGCCAGGCCUUUCUAUAGAGCAGGGGUUCUGGAACCCCACAUGGAUGAUUUUGGUCAGCCAAAGGGUCAGAGGUGGAAUGUUUCUGGGGAUGGUGAUCAGUAUGGCAGAAAUGCUGAGAUUGAAUCUGAAUAUCAUGAGAAUCUAGCUGAGAAUUAUGGUGAUGUCACAUGGGGGCAGCGUUCUCGUGGUAAUAUUUAUCCUCCUUACCCUGAAAGAUUCUAUCACAACCCUGAGGGUGAUGGGCUUUAUUCCUUUGGGAGGUCAAGAUAUUCUGUGAGGCAGCCUCGUGUUUUACCUCCUCCAACUUUGUCUUCAAUGCAAAAAGCCUCAUAUAGAGAUGAGCGUGAGCAUCCUGGUCCCUCAACAUUCUUAGAAAAUGAGAUACGGUACAAUCAUGCCACAAGAGGUGGAUCUGCCAUGGAGAUAGUUUAUGAUAGUGGUCAUCAAGACGAUCUUGUACAGCAUGGAAUUAUAGAUACUCAGCCUGAGAAUACUGAGAAUGAGGCACAGAAAGUGGAUGGGAAUGCAGCGGGGUGUGACUCACAGUCAUCCCUCUCAGUUUCAAGCCCCCCAGAUUCUCCGGUUCAUCUUUCUCACGAUGACUUGGAUGAGUCUGGAGAUUCUGCAGUGUUAUUGGCUGAAGAGGGUAAAGAGGUUGACCUGCCAAGGCAGGCAUUUGAACCCCUUGUCUUACCUACUGAAGCUGGGAAAGAGACUGAUCUGACUGCCUCAAGUUCUAUUUCAGCUAGUAAUGAUGAGGAAUGGACUGUUGAUAACAAUGAACAGUUGCAGGAGCAAGAAGAAUAUGAUGAGGAUGAAGAUGCAUACCAGGAAGAAGAUGAAGUGCAAGAAGGAGAUGAUGGCAAUAUUGACCUGGCUCAAGAGUUUAAUGAAAUGCAUCUAGAGGUUAAGGAGUCGCCUGACAUGAUGGACAACUUGGUCUUAGGCUUCAAUGAGGGGGUUGAGGUUGGCAUGCCUAAUGAUGAGUUUGAAAGAAGUUCAAGGAAUGAGGACUCUACUUAUGCAAUAAAACAGAUACCUGUAGAAGAAACCGUAUCUUUUGAUGGGAUGUAUGGUGAUAGAAAUACCCUUCAGUCUAUGGAUGCUCCAUCCCAAGGGAGUUUAGAUAGUUCUUCUAGAAUCUUCCACGAAACUGAGAAGGCAAUGCAAGAUCUGGUUGUUCAGCCUAAUACUGCUCCUCAAGCGUUGAUAGCUACUGAUUUAAUGGAUCAUCUUGAUGCUACUGGAAGCACUGGUGUGUUGGCUGAAAAUUCUCUCCCCUCUUCUGUCAGCAUGUCUUCCCAUUCAUCUUGUGGUCAGAGUGGCAUCCUUUCUUCUGCUUCUGUUCCUAAUCAGGCUGAAGUACCUCUUAAGCUUCAAUUUGGGCUGUUUUCAGGUCCUUCUUUAAUACCGUCUCCAGUUCCAGCCAUACAGAUUGGUUCUAUACAGAUGCCUCUCCAUCUGCAUCCUCAGGUUGGCACAUCCCUCACCCAAAUGCACCCGUCACAGCCUCCUCUCUUUCAAUUUGGCCAGCUAAGGUAUACAUCUCCUAUUUCCCAGGGAGUGCUGCCAUUGGCUCCUCAAACUGUGUCUUUUGUCCAGCCAAAUGUUCCAGCCAACUUCUCCUUGAACCAGAACCCUGGAGUCUCUCUGCCUGUUCAGCCCCGUCAAGACACCUCUGCGAAUAGUCUGAUGAAAAACGAAGUUUCAUCUCUUUUGGAUAACCAGUCAGGUCUUCCAAGGUCAUUGGAUUUAUCUCAUGGGAAUGUGUUGAAAGAGGAAAUUUCCAUACCAGCCAGGAAAAAUGUUAUGAAACAGCAUGGUCAUGUCGAGAGAUCAAAUAUUGGUGAUAGCACAGCAAGGUCUGGGUCAGGUUUCCCUUCAGAAGACCAAGGGCAACAGAAUUCAGUCCAUAGAAACUUCAAAGGGCUGUCUAGUAAACAAUUCGAAGGUGAACUUCAAACAGUUCUCACAUCUUCCCAGUCAGUUUCAAAAGAGAGAGAGUUAAGUGGAUUAAGGGGCCAAACUUAUAGUAAUAGGGGGAAAAAGUAUGUCUUUACAGUUAAAGGAUCUAACCCAAGAUCAGCUUCUCUGGCUUCUGAGGCCUCUCGUCAAGAGUCUAGUGGAUAUCAGAGGAGGGCUCGACGUCCUCGAACAGAGUUUAGAAUUAGGGAAAAUUCUGAUAAGAAGCAGACUGGAAUGGUUUCUUCAAACCACCCCAAUGAACUAGGGCUGGAUGAAAAAUCAAAUGCCAAUGGAAGGAGUACUGGAUUUUCCACAAGAAAUGGGGUGAGGAAAGUUGUUGUGGUGAAUAAAUCAAAACAGACAAUUGAAUCAGAAUGCUCCAAUUCAGCUCUGGGUAGUUCCCAGGAGAUAGAUUCUGGGAACAGGAAUGAAAAGGGAUUGGGAAAAGAAUCAUUGAUGAGGAGUCAGAAUAUCUCACGCUUUGAGGAAGAUAAUCUUAAGAGGAAUAUUGAAGAGGAUGUAGAUGCUCCUUUGCAAAGUGGCGUUGUGCGUGUUUUUGAGCAACCUGGAAUAGAAGCUCCCAGUGAUGAAGAUGACUUCAUCGAGGUUAGAUCAAAGAGGCAAAUGCUUAAUGACAGACGUGAGCAGAGAGAAAAAGAAUUUAAAGCAAAGUCUCGAGUUGCAAAGGCACCGCGAAAACCUCGUGCAACCACACAAAAUACCAUGGUCUCAGCCAGCUCAAAUAGAAAUUCUUCUUCAGCAAGUGGAGUAGUUAACAAUGUGCGCUCUGAUUUUGUAUCAGCAGGAUUUGGGGCAACUAUAGUGUCCCAACCCUUGGCUCCAAUUGGUACUCCUGCCAUUAAAACUGAUGCACAGGCUGAUAUAAGAACGCAGGCAGUGAAGUCGCUCCAGACAACCUCCCUUCCAACCACCUCAGGUGGUGGACCAAACCUAGUAUCAGGCUUCAUGUUUGAGAGCAAGAGUAAGGUUCUUGAUAAUGUUCAGACAUCUUUGGGUUCGUGGGGUAAUUCACGCAUUAAUCAACAGGUAAUGACACUGACGCAGACCCAACUUGAUGAUGCUAUGAAGCCUGUUCAAUUUGAUACUUGUGCAUCUAUUGGAGAUCGCACUAGCUCAGUUACUGAGCCCAGCAUGCCAUCCUCAUCCAUCGUAUUGAAGGACAAGUCAUUUUCUUCUGCUGCCAGUCCAAUAAGUUCUUUGCUUGCUGGGGAGAAAAUACAAUUCGGAGCAGUUACAUCUCCAACAGUACUCGCUCCUAGCAGCCGUGCUGUUCCACAUGGGAUUGGCCCUCCAGGUCCAUCUCGAUCAGAAAUUCAGAUCUCCCGCAAUCUUUCUGCAGCUGAGAAUGAUUGCACCCUUUUCUUUGAAAAAGAGAAGCACUCAAAUGAAUCUUGUGUCCAUUUGGAAGACUGCGAAGCUGAAGCUGAAGCAGCUGCUUCAGCUGUUGCUGUUGCAGCCAUAACUAGUGAUGAGAUUGUUGGGAAUGGGAUGGGUACCUGCACCGUUUCUGCUUCUGAUAAUAAAAGUUUUGGAGGUGCAGACAUUGAAGUUAUCACUACAGGUGAUGGUGAUCAGCAAUUAGCAAGUCAAUCAAAGGCUGAAGAGUCUCUAAGUGUUUCUCUUCCUGCAGAUCUUUCUGUUGAGAACCCACCAAUUUCUUUAUGGCCACCUUUGCCUAGUCCACAAAAUUCUUCUAGCCAGAUGAUUUCACAUUUUCCAGGAGGCCCUCCUUCGCACUUCCCCUUCUAUGAAAUGAAUCCCAUGUUGGGGGGUCCAAUCUUUGCCUUUGGACCACAUGAGGAAUCUUCAUCUACGCAAUCACAGUCCCAGAAGAGUAGCACACCAGCUUCAGGUCCAUUGGGGACCUGGCAACAAUGCCAUUCUGGAGUAGAUUCAUUCUAUGGUCCUCCAGCAGGAUUCACUGGCCAUUUUAUCAGCCCACCUGGAGGCAUCCCUGGGGUUCAAGGCCCACCGCAUAUGGUUGUGUACAAUCAUUUUGCUCCAGUAGGACAGUUUGGACUAAGUUUCAUGGGUACAACCUACAUCCCAUCAGGAAAGCAACCUGACUGGAAGCACAACCCUGCUUCUUCUGCAAUGGGUGUUGGCGAAGGGGAUUUGAACAAUAUGAAUAUGGCAUCUUCUCAGCGUAAUUCUACCAACAUGCCUGCUCAAAUCCAGCAUCUUGCCCCUGGCCCUGGGUCGCCUCUUCUGCCCAUGGCAUCUCCACUUGCUAUGUUUGAUGUUUCUCCUUUCCAGUCCACUCCAGACAUGUCAGUCCAAGCUCGUUGGUCUCAUGUUCCUGCUUCACCUCUUCAGUCUGUUCCACCAUCAAUGCCAUUGCAACAACAGGCAGAAGGUGUACUAGCUUCUCAGUUCAGCCAGGGGCCUCCUGUUGACCAGUCAUUGACUAGCAACAGGUUCCCUGAGUCUCGAACAUCAACACCCUCUGAUAGCAGUCAGAAAUUCCCUGUGGCAACAGAUGCAACUGUCACCCAGUUGCCUGAUGAACUAGGGUUGGUGGAACCAUCUAGCUCCAGCAUUGCUGUAACUUCAGCACAGAAUGUUGCUAAGAGCUCUGCAAUUACCACAGUUGCAGAUACUGGCAAGGAUAUUCAAAAUAGUGGUGGUAUGAAAAGUAGUGGCCAGAGCACAAACUCUGCAGUCAAGGCUCAGUCUUCCCAGCAAAAGAAUAUAUCUUCCCAGCAUUACAGUAACUCCUCGGGGUAUAGUCAUCAGAGAGGAAGUGGUGUUUCACAAAAGAACGGCGCUGGGGAAUGGACCCAUCGCAGAACGGGUUUCCAAGGAAGAAACCAAUCCAUGGGUGGAGACAAGAACUUUCCCACUUCAAAGAUGAAGCAGAUUUAUGUGGCUAAACAGACCACUAAUGGCACGACAACAUCAUCAUGAUAAUAGGAACAUAAGCUUCUCGGGCUGGGUCGAAAAGAACUAACGGCAUUUCUUUUCACCAGACGUGUACCUUUUUGUGAUUUUUUGCCAAAACCACUUGGGUUAGUACGGGACUGGUGAGUGAUGAGUUUUGGAUUUUUACCAGAAUCUAUAAAGUAGCUAACCUGGUUUUUCUGAUGAAAAUUUGCACUACUUGUUGGUAAAGAGCAGUUUUGAUUUUGGUGUUUGGAGUUUUUUGAAGAGAGAGAGAGAUGGGCAUUUGGCCUAUUGGGUAGUGUGUUAGUUGCUGUUGGCUUUGUAGACGCUAUGUAGUGUUCUGUGCAAAGGAGCUGGCUCGAUGGUUGGUUGCUAAUGUCUUGGGUUUUGCUCAUGUAUUAAAAUUGUUAGGGAUCCAGCUUAUAUAUUUUUUCAUCUGAUUAGUAAUGAAUAUAAAUAUGGGCUUUGGGGAUAUAUCUCCCCUACUCAUUUCCAUUCA